AUGGCGAACCAUCACGCGUCGCCAACCCUGAUGCAGAUGCAACAGCAUCAGGGCCAGGUGCCCCCUCCUCCCCCUCCUCCUCCGCAGUCUGGCGUCCAACCCGGCCCCUAUACGCCUUCACCUGGCAUCGCGGGCAUGAAUGAGCUCGUCUGGAUGCAAAUAGGCAGUUUUUCCGAAUUGCUGCGCGUCCCCGAUGAAGCCAUGCAUGCGUAUGAGCGCGCUCUCACCGCAAACCCGAACUCGAUUCCCGCUAUGAACGCCAUCGGAAUGCUACUCAAGGGGCGCGAGGCCUUCGACAAGGCGCUCGAGUUCUUCCGUGCCAUCACCCAGAUCGACCAGAACAGUGGCGAGGCAUGGGGAAACCUAGGUCACUGUUACCUGAUGACUGAAAAUCUUCAGAAAGCGUACGAUGCCUAUCAGCAGGCCCUGGUCCAUCUUAGGGACCCGAAGGACCCCAUGCUGUGGUACGGUAUUGGUAUCCUCUACGACCGAUAUGGCAGCUAUGACUACGCCGAGGAAGCCUUCUCCCAAGUCAUGCAUAUUCAACCAGAUUUCGAAAAGGCGAACGAGAUUUACUUUCGGUUGGGUAUAAUAUACAAACAACAGUCAAAGUAUUCUCAGAGUCUUGAUUGCUUCAAGUAUAUCGUCAACUCUCCCCCAGGACCGUUGACCCAGGAAGACAUCUGGUUCCAGAUUGGACAUGUGCAUGAACAGCAGAAGGACUUCGACAAUGCCAAGGCUGCUUACCAGCGCGUUUUGGACCAGUCUCCAAACCACGCCAAGGUCCUCCAGCAGCUUGGUUGGCUGCAUCACCAGCAGAGCAACACGUACGAGAGCCAGGAUCGCGCAAUUCAGUAUCUUGAGAAGUCGGUUAAUGCAGACAACCAAGAUGCCCAGAGUUGGUACCUGCUCGGCCGUUGCUACAUGUCGCAGCAGAAGUACCCCAAAGCGUAUGAGGCAUACCAGCAAGCUGUUUAUCGCGAUGGAAAGAACCCCACCUUCUGGUGCUCGAUUGGUGUGCUUUACUACCAGAUCAACCAGUACAGAGAUGCACUGGACGCUUACUCUCGAGCUAUUCGCCUGAACCCUUACAUCUCUGAGGUUUGGUAUGACCUUGGCACUUUGUAUGAGAGCUGCAACAACCAGAUCACUGAUGCUCUGGACGCAUACCAGCGUGCUGCAGAGCUUGACCCUGGUAACCCUCACAUCAAGGCUCGCCUCCAGCUUCUCCGCUCUGGUGGUACCAACGGUGGCCCGCCUCCCUCUGCUCCUCAGCCGGCCGAUGUCCACCCGCAGGCUUAUCAGGCCGCAGGCCCUGCCGGACCUCCUCAGUGGGGAGGCUCUGCUCAGCAGGCCCCAGCUUCUGGUCCUCCUCCCAUCACUCCUAACCCCGGAGACCCCUGGGUAGGCAGGCUCUCCAACAUUAACCCUCCACCUCAACCUCCCAACCCCUAUGAGGCUCGUGGAGAGCCCUUCCGUGGAGGCCCCGCUCCUCCUCUGCAACGCCAGCCCAGCCCCCAGCAAGAGCAGCAGAUGCGCCAGCCGUACAACGACCCGACCCGGAACGGGCCUCGUCGUGGCCAAACCCCUCCUCCUCCUCAAAGCCAUCAGUACUCUCAGGGACCUCACCCCGCUCCCCCGCAAUCUCAACCAGCAGCCCCGGCCUCUGAGCGCCGAGUUGCCAACCCCAACUGGGGUGGAGCGACACCUUCGGCAUCGGCCCCCCCUUCCAGCAAUGUCAACGGUCCUAAUGGCCCGAACGGCAUGGCUCCCUUCCGUCCAACUAACAGCCCUCGUCCCGAUGGGCGCCCUGUUCACGACAACCGCAUGCCCUCGCCCAAGUCAGCGUACCCUCAGCACCAGGCCCCACCGCUGUAUCCUCCUCAUCCCGAGAUGUCUGGCCAAGGACCUCCUGAGAAUGGACCACCUGGACCCCCGGGACCACCUGGACCGCCCCCUCCUGCUGUGGCUGAGGCUGCCAUGCAGCGAAUGGAUGAGCGACCUCCCUCGGUGGGACCUAAGCGCAUGCGGGAAUGGGAAGAGGAAUCUGCUGCUAAAAAGCAGGCCAACGAGGAGAACCGGGUUCGUCUGGAUGACAUGCGACACCGAAGACCCUCCACUCCUCCCCGUGAUGCCUAUCGCCGCAAUUCGUCAGAGGCGCGACGUGUGGAAGACCAGCGCCGGGCGGAUGAGCCUCGCCGUGCAGAGGAGCCACGACGGCCGGAGGAAUCUUCUCGUCAUCCCACCGACAACUACCAUCCAUCUGAUGCUGCUCAUCACCCCCCAAGCCACGCAUCGGGCCCGAACCAUCUUCCACCGAUGCAGCAGGGCCACAGCCCCAUGUCUGGAGUUGUGCACGAGAAGUCUCAAUCUGGGCCUGUCCCUAAGGAGGAGCGUCCACCAAGCCUUGAGCAUGCUCCCCCUGUUCGCGCAGCACCCCCCGCCUCUGAGCCCGAAAGGGCGGCAAGGAAGAUGGAAGUUGACGAGAAUUACGAUGACAGCGGCGAGGAUGAGAAGAAGACUGGUAUCGUUACCAACGGCUCCGGUCCCAGCUCGGCUGCGGGGGAUGUUAAGACAUCAACGCCGGCCAACGCCAGUGUCAACGGUGUGUCAGGGCCCACCCCAAAAGUUGAAUGA